AUGUCCCGCCACCAGUUUGAUCUGAUAAUGUGUUUGAAACAGCCUGGCACACAGACAGGCCUUCUCUGUGAAAAAUGUGAUGGGAAAUGCCCUAUCUGCGACUCUUACGUAAGGCCCAAAAGGAAAGUUAGAGUAUGCGAAAACUGUUCGUUCGGUAAACAAGCUAAGAACUGUAUUAUUUGCAACUUGAAUGUCGGAGUCAAUGAGGCAUUCUAUUGUUGGGAGUGCUGUCGCCUGGGUAAAGAUAAAGAUGGCUGUCCUAAAAUCUUGAAUAUUGGUAGCAACAAAUUAGAUAGACAUUUCGAGAAAAAGAAGAAAGUAUAA